AUGAAAGUCGCCGACUCGAAGCCUAUUCCUGAAGUCAAGACAGAUAUGAGCUUGAUCCUGGGGUUUUUGCUUGACAAGUACAUCAAGCACCUUCAGGACGUGGGCGUUAAUAAGGCCGGAAAGCAAACUAUUAUCGUCCUUACCGACGGCAAGUGGGAACACAACAAAGCUUCGGAAGUCAUCAAAGACUUUGUGAAUGAGUGGCAAGGGUUGGAUCGCAAUAAUAUCCAAAGCCGUUCAAUGGGCAUCCAGAUUGUUCAGUUCGGGGACGAUCCCGAAGCGACUCUGCGCCUGGGAUACCUGGAUAACGAGCUGCAGUUCGAACGUGAAGGGCCCCGGAUAUUAUUGACACAGUAA